AUGGAUGCCAUCAUGCCAAUGUGUUCUAUAGAACCAAUGGAAAUUAUAGAUGGAAGCAAGAGUACAGAGAAUGCAAAUAGAAAUUUAAGGGAUGAACCAGAUCCGAUCAUUGAUGUUGAUGAUGAAAACAAUGAACCGGAGAAUGAUGUGGAUGACGUAAACGAUGAGACCGAAAAUAAGGGGGGUAGCAAAAAGAAUGGUACGAGUACCAUGUCAUAUCAUUUGAAGAAUGUAUGCAAACGAUCUCCACUUUACAAAAAAACAAAUAUGAAGAAACAAUCCACAUUAAACUUCAAGCCUGCAAUAAAGGGGGAAUUUGGGGGUAGUUUAACUUCUCAUCACUUCAACCAAGAAAAGGCUAGGAAAUUCCUAGCUAGAAUGUGUAUCAAAGAUAAUAGGCCUUUUAGUAUUGUUGAUGAUGAGGGAUUUAAGGAAUUUGUAUGGGAAAUUAAUCCCAUGUUUAAAUUUCCAUCUAGGUGGACUGUGGCAAAAGACUGCUUAUCAAUAUAUGAAGAAGAGAAAAAGAAGCUUAAAAGACUUCUAAAAAACCAAACAGUUUCUCUUACCACCGACACAUGGACAUCGGUCCAAAAUUUUAAUUACAUGUGUCUUACCGCCCAUUGGGUUGAUGAAAAUUGGACAUUGAAUAAAAGAAUUUUGAAUUUUUGUCAAACACCCAACCAUAAGGGGGUGACAAUAGGGAAGUUAGUGUAUCGUUGUUUGCAAGAAUGGGGCAUAGAUCGGAUUUUAACCAUAACCGUUGAUAAUGCUUCAUCAAACGAUGGGGCAAUCAAAUAUUUAAGAUCUAUGCUUAAGGGAUCUCGUUCUGUCUUAGAUUGCAAAUAUUUGCAUUUAAGAUGUUGUGCCCAUAUCAUCAACCUUGUGGUGAGAGAUGGAUUAGAUGAGCAAUUUGAUACAGUUACAAAGAUUAGAAGCGCGGUUAAGUAUGUGAGAUCAUCCCCUUCUAGGUAUGAGAGCUUCAAAGAGUGUGUUGAGUUUGAAAAAAUUGAAUCAAAAAGUAAGCCAUGUCUUGAUGUAGACACACGAUGGAAUUCAACAUUCUUAAUGUUGGAAACAGCGGAGAAGUACUCAAAAGCAUUUGAUAGGCUUCAAGAGAUUGACAUCAACUAUAGCUCUUACUUUUAUAGUGAAUUAAAUGAUGAUGAUGAUGAUGAUAAUGAGAAGAGUACUCGGAAGAGAAAGAAGAAUGAUCGAGCUUUAGGGGCUCCCGAAGAAGAGGAUUGGGAAAAAGCUAGGCAUUUUAUGGAGUUCUUGAAGAUUUUCUGCAAUGUUACAAAAAAAGUGCCCGGUAAUAAGUACGUGACUUCAAAUUUAUUUGUUGGGGAGCUUGUCACAAUGCAUGAGGCCAUAUCAAUCAAUAAAGUUAAUCACCGAGUGCUAGAAACUUUAAGAGAGUUAUUUACUCACUACAAGAAGAUUGAAGAUAAAGAUAAUGAGAAAAAUACAUCCGGUUCUUCAUCUUCUACUACUACAUCGUUUAGUAGUGUUAUAGAUCUUGAUUUGGAUGACGGUUAUGCAAAAUAUUUGGAAAAUCGGGGGAAAGGUGUUAAUAAUACAGAACUGGAUAUAUAUUUGGCCGAUACAACGGAAAAGAAAUCAAAGGGGGGAGAUUUUGAUGUAUUAAGUUGGUGGAAACUUAAUUCGGGUAAAUACCCCGUACUCUCUAAAAUUGCAAAACAUGUUUUGGGAAUGCCAAUUUCUACCGUUGCAAGUGAAUCGGCGUUUAGUACCGGAGGUAGGGUUAUCGACAAAUUUAGAAGCUCUCUUACACCAAACACCGCUAAAGCUUUGAUAUGCACACAAGAUUGGCUACGUGCUACAUCGCCAGACUUGCAAGAGACUCCCAUUCAUGGCCUACAACUAGAAGAGUUGCUCGUGAAUUUGGAUAAUUUAGAGAUUGAUUACUUUGAAAAGGGGAAAAGGUCAAGUGAUGAUUGUGCCAUGGAUGAAGAUUGA